UCACGUGACGGCGAACAACGAAAGCAAACGCCGAAACGAACAAAGAACAUUUCUGAAUUAAGUUAGAUGCUUCCUGUAGUUGUGGCUACUCAAAACUAGCUAAGGUCGCACUGUCAAGUCAAGUGAAGCAGGAAGAAGAAGAAGUACACUUGCCCUACUUGGCGUGUGUGUCAAGAUGAGGCUGAGCGGCGUCCUGGCGUGUGUGCUCGUCGUUUGUACCGGGCUGUGUUGGGGGGACACCCCGGCCAACUGCACCUACGAGGACCUUCUGGGGAAGUGGGUGUUCCAGGUGUCCGACCGAGGCCACGACAAGAGCGUCAACUGCUCCGCUGAAGCCACAGGUGGGAGCAUGGUGACGGUGACCCUUGAGAAGCUGUCUGUGGCCAAUGACGACUUGGGAAACAGCGGCUUCUUCACCCUAAUCUACAACCAGGGUUUUGAAGUAGUCAUCAAUGGCUACAAAUGGUUUGCAUUCUUCAAGUACACUGAAGAGGGCCCGAAGGUGACCAGCUUUUGUGACCAUACCCUACCAGGAUGGGUGCAUGAUGUUUUAGGCAACAACUGGGGGUGUUUUGUUGGAAAGAAAGUGAACCCAGUACCACCGCAAGCUUACUAUAAACCAGUCUUGAGCUCCAGGCUCUUCAAAAGGCCUUUUACACCAAACCAAGGUGUCAUUGAGUCCAUUAACUCAGCCCAGAAUUCAUGGAAGGCCAUGUCCUACCCAGAAUAUAAGACUUACUCACUGCAGGAGCUGCACUACAGAGCCGGAGGACCCGCCUCCCGCAUUUCUGUCCAUGUUCGCCCUACGCCUGUGACAGCCCAAGUAACCAAGUUGGUGGCGGCUCUACCGCAGCACUGGGACUGGAGGAACAUAGAUGGCAUAAACUUUGUCAGCCCUGUGCGAAACCAAGCUUCAUGCGGUAGCUGCUACUCCUUCGCCUCCAUGGGAAUACUCGAGGCUCGCAUCCGAAUCUUAACCAACAACAGUGAGGCUCCCAUACUCAGCCCCCAACAAGUGGUCUCCUGCUCUAAAUAUUCUCAAGGUUGUGAUGGUGGCUUUCCAUACCUGAUUGGAAAGUACAUCCAAGACUUUGGUAUUGUGGAUGAGUCCUGCUUUGCAUAUGUUGGAAAGGACACUCCCUGCAGGGUCCCUAAAAACUGUAGCCGCACUUACGUAGCAGAAUACAGCUAUGUGGGAGGAUUUUAUGGCGGCUGCAGUGAGGCUGCCAUGAUGCUGGAACUGGUCCAGAAUGGCCCCAUGGCAGUGGCCUUUGAGGUGUACCCAGACUUCAUGUACUACAAGGAGGGCAUCUACCACCACACGGGCAUCUUGGAUUCCUUCAACCCCUUCGAGCUGACCAACCACGCCGUGCUGCUGGUGGGCUACGGCCGCUGUCACAUGACCGGCCAGAAAUACUGGCUUGUCAAGAAUAGCUGGGGCACCGGCUGGGGAGAGAACGGCUACUUCCGAAUCCGCCGGGGAAGUGACGAGUGUUCCAUCGAGAGCAUUGCAGUCGCAGCCAAGCCCAUCCCCAGCCUCUAGAGGUCUUUUAAAAGAAAAAAAAAAAAAAAAAAGUAAUAAUAUUUUUUUUGGGGGGGGAUUUGCACUCUAAGUAAGCGCUAGUGGGAUUUCUCAUUCAGGCUGCAUUUUCAACCCUCGGUGAUUUUUCAGUGCAUGUGUGGGUUAACAGUUUAAUUAAUGCCUUAACAGUAUUCUUAAACGGAAAUCACAAGUAUGCUGGUUUUACUUUUGGCUGCACUUGUGAACUACGACUUGAAAAGUGGGGCAUAAUUUAAAAAAUGGAUGGAAUGUUUUUACGAAUCCAAUUGGUUUCUCGUCUAUGAUUUGUGCACUUUUAGUCUGGGUUGUGCCUAGAGAUGUGAAGCUGUCAUUGUGUAAAGGGAAUGACCAAGUGGGUUUGGUUUAUAAUAUCUGCCUGUCAGGUUAUUGUUUGUUUGUCUCAGGGAAGUAUGGUGGAUGUUGAAUCAGUUUUAAAUCAUAUGCACCUUUCAUAAUCAUAAUAAAGGGAGAUAAAAAUCUGUUUAAAAAGAAAACACUUUUAUACAUAAUGUUGUGCUUGAAAUCUAACUGCUUUUUACAAAUUACUGGAACAGUUUUGAUCAAUGCAGUUUUUUUGUUUUUGUUCCACUUUGUUACAUUACAUUUCCUUGUGGCUUCUUAAAGCUGGACAGCUGACUAAACUGUGA